CGCGACGGCGUCAUUGGGCAAUUGAUCAAUCAAUCCACAUGAUUCCAUCAUAUCCGUCAAACAUGAUCCUCCGAGUCGACCGCGUGCCUUCGCAUGCAGCGCUGAGUGCGCUCGAAUCAGCACUGAGCAGCUUUCGAAUUUCCCAACGGACCACCAUUCCAGCAAUUGCUACGGCUCCACGACGACAUGCUUCACAUCAAGCUCAAGGACGAGCCAACAAAGCUGCCGACGGUGCUGGAAGGCGAUUAGGAGCCAAAAAGACCGCAGGGCAAUAUGUCGUGACAGGAAACAUUCUCUAUCGGCAACGAGGUACUGUCUGGCAUCCGGGUGACAACUGCUUCAUGGGUCGUGAUCAUACCAUCCACGCCGCAGUUCCCGGAUAUGUAACAUACUACCGCGACCCGAAGAAACAUACGAAGCGGAAAUACAUCGGCGUAGUCUUCAACCGCGGCGACAGACUUCCUCAGCCCGAAGGUUCCGUGCGACGCCGACGACUCGGUCUCCUCGCACACCGCAUGCACGCCAAUGCGCUAGAAAAGCUCAACCCAGAGGCAAUCGAAGCCGCCGAAGCAGCGGCGGCGGCCCCAGUGGAAACCAAAACCACCGUCAAGAAGAAGAAGACCCCGAUCGUACGAGUCGGCACACAGUUCCGAGAGACGAAUUGGGAUAUCGGAAGAACAGCUGAACGAGUCGGUACGGCAGAGUCUGUGACGCCAUUUGUCCCCGGUGACCGAUGGAAAGCUUGGCGUAAACGGGUCGCGAAGAAACAGCGCUGGCUGGCGAAACAGAAAUUGAUGAGCGGUACGAAGGGCAAGAAGAAGCGUGCAACGCCAAGGAUCAAAUGAAGCAGGGAGAGCAAUUUGUAAGCUUAUAUGAGGACGUAUGGUGUAAAAUAUUGGGCGAGGAUAACAGGGAGCCGUCAGAUUCAUUACUGGGGGGCCAUAAAAGCCUGUAUGUUGGUGCAGAUGACACGAGCGCAACGCGCUCCACAAAAAUCUUCUUGACAACGUUCACGGGGCUCAUCUCCCGAAGUAUCAUCUGGAGGCGAGCGUGUACAUCAUAAAUAAUUUUGCAUAUAGACUUCUCCAGAAAACCACUUUUCUUUUCAU